AUGUUUGCAGAUGCCCCCGAGGGCUGCGGGCGCAGAGCCAGUCAGGAAGUCAGCUCGGAAUGCGCAAGAUGCGGCAGGACCAAGGAAGAGAACACUUGUGUUCUUGUAUUAAGGGAUCUGAACCUGCUGUCAAGGUCGUUGGACGAGCGUCAGCGGGAGCGAGCAAGGCUCGCCAGGCUAGCGAUGCUGGAGCGAGACAACCAUGUGACGGACAACACACACAUGAUGAAAGUGCACAACCUUGGAGGCGAUGAGUUGAUCGGCAAAGGCGAACAGAAGAAGAAACGAAAGAAAAUCUCCUUGUUUGAAAGAACCAAGAAUAGAACUCUGGACCAAAUGAUGCAGGAAGCCGAGACAGAGAUGGUACAAGCAUAUGGGGCUUCAUAUUAUGACAUCGUCAGCCCCCCUCCAGGAAAGAAUGAGGGCAUCGCAAAGAAGUUAUGCUCGAUCUGUGGCUACAUCGCUCCUUACACUUGCCGCAUCACGGGCAUGCGUUUCUGCUCGCGGCCAUGCUUGCGGGUGCACGAGGAGACGAGGCUGAAGGGGCUCAAGUGA